AUGGGAGUUUCAUCAGCGUGUCAAAUAUUUGAACGUUUUAGUACAGGGCUUCAUUGGAUAGGACAAAAUUUUAUGAAUGAGGGUAUCAUGUUUCACAUUUUAGAUGAUUUUUUGAUAGUUGCCCAGUCCAGGGAUCUAUGUGAAAUUUAUCUCAAACAAUUUUUGGAUGUUUGUGAUAAAAUAGGUGUACCUAUGGCUCCUGACAAGACUGUAGGCCCAGCUCAUUGCUUAACUUUUUUGGGAAUUGAAUUAGAUACGGUUGAACAAGAAGCACGUUUGCCAUCUGAUAAAUUAUCUAAAUGUAGUGAGUUAAUCCAAGAUUUUCUAGGAAGGAAAAAAGUGACAUUACGAGAGAUACAGUCACUUUGUGGUCUUCUUAACUUUGCAUGUCAAGUAGUCCUUCCUGGCAGGGCUUUUUUGAGGAGAAUAUAUGAAAUAACCAAGACUUUAAGAAAACCUCAUCACACUGUUAAACUGACCAGGGGGUGUAAAGAUGAUUUGUUGGUUUGGCAAAGCUUUUUAGAACAUUUCAAUGGGAAAUGUUUCUUUAUCGAUGAAAAGAUGGUUUCAAACGAUGUAUUUCAGUUGUACACUGAUGCUUCAGGGACUUAUGGAUAUGGGGCAGUUUUUGGAAAGUCUUGGUUUUAUGGGGAAUGGAAUGAGCAAUGGUUAAGCCAAAACAUAACUGUCAAGGAGUUGUUUCCCAUUGUCUUGGCAAUUGAAGUUUGGGGAAUUCAGAUGGCAAACAGAUCUAUUUGUUUUAAUUGUGACAAUGAGGCUUUAGUACAUGUAUUGAAUAAGCAAUCCAGCACUGAGAAAAAUGUAAUGUUUUUGAUUCGCAGACUGGUAUUGUUAUCUUUACAAUUUAAUGUUUUGUUUUCUGCCGUUCAUUUACCCGGCAAGUUGAAUAUCUUAAGUGACGCACUUUCCCGUUUACAGAUUUCCAAGUUCCAGAAACUAAUGCCAGAUGCAGACCCAGAGCCUACACUUGUACCUCAUCUACCAAUCUUACCAGUUUAG